AGAUGGCAGCUAAGUGUGAUCGGAAGUGGCCGCGGAUGUUAUUAUGGAGGUGCCGGCUGGGCCCGGGGGUGCCCUCGAAUUCCGGAGGGAGCCUGGGCCGGCGAGCAUGCACGCGGGCCCGCAGCGACGGCCCCUACUCCCGCACAGCGCUCUAUGAGCUGCUCGGCGUUCCCGUCACAGCCACCCAGGCGCAAAUCAAGGCGGCCUACUACCGGCAGAGCUUCCUCUACCACCCGGACCGCAACUCGGGCAGCGCCGAGGCUGCCGAGCGCUUCACCCGCAUCUCCCAGGCCUACGUGGUGCUGGCCAGUGCCACCCUUCGCCGUAAGUAUGACCGCGGCCUGCUCGGCGACGAGGACCUGCGCGGCCCCGGCCCCCGGCCGUCCAGGACCGCCGCGGCCGAGGCUCCCGGCGCGCCCCGCUCCCAAGCCGCCGCCUCCCGCGGCCACAGCACCGGGCAGGCGGCGCCGGGGACCAAUCGCACCGUGUUCAACUUCGACGCCUUCUACCAGGCCCACUACGGAGAGCAGCUGGAGCGCGAGCGGCGCCUCCGGGCGCGGCGCGAGGCCCUCCACAAGCAGAAGGAACGGGCCAAGAAAGGCUUCCACUGGGACGACACCCGAGACAUGACUUUCAUCUUUCUGUUCAUCACCACCUUCUUCAUCAUCGGCUGCCGAAUGUAACCGGGGAGCGGAGGGAAGGGGAACACGUCCCAAAGAAGCGGCCCGGCGGCCCUUGAAACAUUUCCCUUCCAUCGUCUACCUCUGCUGGGGCCCCGGAGAACUGCUCACCAGGCCCUCCCGCCCCCCACGCCCCCAGCCUAAAGGUUGAUCUGACGCCCCUCUCCUAGGAGCCUGAGAAGGAGGUCUCCGAAAGAGACUCCAAAGGGGGCCCAAGGGUGAAGGGCCAGAGACGGCCUUCUGGAAUCCCUAGGUGCCUGCUGCCAAAGGUUGCCUACCUGGGGUUGUCACCUUGUCCAGAACCCUUGCCUUGCCAUCAUUGCUAAGCCCUGAGCAAGCGUUGUCUCCUUUUGCCCACCCCUGUGUUGUAACCAUGAAAUAUGCCAUACAACCCAGUGUUUGGCGGCCAAAAGAAAAGUUUUGGGGUUGUGUGACACUUGCCAUUCUGAGUCCCUCUAACCAUAGAUGUGACUUGACCUAGACUUCUGUGUCGAAAGGCCUUGCCAUUCCUGGGCCCUGGCCCCUUCUCUUGUUGGCACGGGGGAGUGGGGGAAUCAAAGCUCGGAAGUACAAGUGCCCCUGUGUUCUUGCCUAA